GGAAGGCCGGCGGACAUCUCCCUGGCAACCGUGGCGGGCCGGCCGAGGGCCCCCUUCUCAAUUCCCUGGAAGCCCUGCUUGGGUAGAGUCUGUCAGCCCCACAGCGGCGGGGGGGGGCAGACAGGACUUGAAAUUCUAAAGACAGAAAAAACUCCUUUCUGGCAUCCCUUGAAACAUCAGUAGUGGAUUGCAGAGACCUGCUAUUCUAGAAAAUACGAGCAUGCACAGACCAGGAGAAAAAGUGAAACGUCGGCUGCGUAUACACGGUUCCAGCAUAAGAAGCGUUGAAGUUGCUAGAGGGAGAGCAGGAUAUGGGUUUACCCUUUCUGGUCAAGCUCCCUGUAUUCUUAGUUGUGUUUUAAAAGGAAGCCCUGCAGAUUAUGUAGGCCUUAAAGCUGGAGAUAAAAUAUUUGCAGUUAACGAGAUUAAUGUGAAAAAGGCAUCACAUGAAGAUGUAGUGAAGUUAAUAGGGAAAUGCUCGGGGAUUUUGCACAUGGUCAUUGCUGAAGGGGCUGGUCAUACAGACUCCUGUUCAAGUGAUGAAGAAAUUGGGUUUUAUGAUGAGACGGGGUGGCUAAAACCAAAGCCUGACUCAAAAGGAUUAGGGAUAAACAGAGCAGAAAAGGUUGUUGAAGAAAUGCAGUCUGGUGGAAUUUUUAACAUGAUCUUUGAAAAUUCUAACGUAUGUGUCAGCAAUAUGCAGAACCCAAAAAAGAAGCAAAUUGCAGUUCAAGGAACAGCUGCUGUUAAAUUAGAAAGAGGACCUGAACAUAUGAGCAGUAACUCUAAUAAUCUAUAUAAUGAGGACUUGCCUAAAGCUUUAAAUGAUGAUUCCAAUUUUAGCACUGGAUUAGAAAAUCAGGAAUGGUAUUUGUUAGAUGCAAGCAUUUUAAAUGUUGCUAUGGUUGUAGGUUACCUAGGAUCAAUUGAACUUCCUUCUUCAAGUUCAAAUUUGGAAUAUGACAGUUUGCAGGCUAUCCGUGGAUGCAUGCGCCGUCUUCGAGCAGAACAAAAAAUCCAUUCAUUGGUGGUUAUGAAGAUUAUGCAUGACUCUGUUCAGCUCUGCAGUAACAAAUCUGGUGUGAUUGCAAAGUAUCCUGCAGAGAAGCUAGCUUUUAGUGCUAUAUGCCCUGAUGACAGAAGAUUUUUUGGGCUGGUUACCAUGCAGACAAUUGAUGAUGCAAGUUUGGCCCAAGAAGAUGAAGCAGUUUUGAGGACUUCAUGUCAUGUGUUCAUGGUAGAUCCAGAACUAUUUCAUCAUAAAAUUCACCAGGGCAUUGCACGGCGCUUUGGAUUAGAAUGCACAGCAGAUCCUGACACUAAUGGCUGCCUAGAAUUUCCUACAUCGUCUCUACCUGUUCUUCAGUUUGUUUCUGUUCUGUACAGAGAUAUGGGAGAAUUUAUUGAGGGAGUUCGGGCCAGGGCCUUUCUUGAUGGAGAUGCAGAUAUUCAUCAGAACAACAGUAUGAGCAGUAAUAGUGACAGCGGUAUUGGAAAUUUUAAUCAAGAAGAGAAAAAUAAUAGAGUUUUGGUAGUUGAUCUAGGCACUAACCCAAGUAAACAUGUUCUUAGUAGUAUACAGGACAACCCAGUAGGCAGAGGUCAGAUUGUUCCUCAUUGGAAUGUUAGCCAUGAACAAGAAGGACAUUCUGCAUUAGAAGCAAUGUUUCAGAAAGAUAGGUCACAACAUCUAAACAAGUUAUUAGCUCCUUCAGCUCGCAUUGAAGUGCCAUUUGUUCCUCCUCAAAGCUCAGUUUCUUCAUUCAAGAACAAUUGUGCGGACAGCUCCAAUCAAAGAUGGUUGCCUGUUCAUGUGUUAAAAGAUUGGCAGCAUGGAUGUGUGAGUGAUCAAGAAUCAUACACAGAUUCUACAGAUUGGUCAAGUAUUAACUGUGGAACUCUUCCGCCUCCAAUGAAUAAAAUUCCUGCUGACAGAUACAGAGUUAAUGGAACCUUUGGUCAGCCUCAUCUUAUGUCUCAAAAUAAUGAAUUGUCUCAAAAAGGGUUUCCUAAAACAUUUGACGCUCACCACUGUGUCAGAAAGUCCAGAGAAGAUAACAAGUGUACAAAAUUUGGACCUACUUCGGGAUUAGUACAACUUCCCCAGCGUGCUUCUGCUCGAAGAUCAUUUGGACGUCUGAAGAGAUUCAGCAUUACUCGUUCUCUUGAUGAUCUUGAGUCUGCAGCUGUGUCCGAUGGAGAGCUCAAUACCACAGAUUUGAAAGACUGCGUCAGUGACCAUAGCCUCAGCAGCAAUGCCAGCCUCCCAAGUGUCCAGAGCUGCCGAAGGCAUCGAGAAAGAAGAGUUGCAAGUUGGGCCGUUUCAUUCGAACGACUUCUUCAGGAUCCAAUUGGGGUUAAAUAUUUCUCUGAGUUUCUACGGAAAGAAUUUAGUGAAGAAAAUAUUUUAUUUUGGCAGGCUUGUGAAUAUUUUAGCCACAUAUCAGCUCAUGACAAAAGAGAGCUUUCUUUCAGAGCCCGAGAGAUCUUCAGUAAAUUUUUAUGUAGCAAAGCUACAACCCCAGUUAAUAUUGAUAGCCAGGCACAACUGGCAGAUGAUGUUCUCAAUGCACCACAUCCAGAUAUGUUCAAAGAUCAACAGCUUCAGAUUUUCAACUUAAUGAAGUUUGAUAGUUAUACUCGUUUUCUGAAAUCUCCAGUUUACCAAGAAUGUAUUUUGGCAGAGGUAGAAGGACGUCCCAUCUCUGAUCCACAAAAUGUUUCCAAUAGCCCUACUUCUAAGCACAGCUUUGGUUCUGAGUGGUCGAAUGUUUCAACACCAAAAAAGUUAAGUGGAAAAUCCAAGUCUGGGCGAUCUUUAAAUGAGGAAUCUGGAGAGGAAGACUCAGAGAAAAAGAAAAAAGGCCCCUUUUUUUCCUGGUCUAGAAGCAAAAGUUUGGGGAGAUCUCAAAAGAAAAAGGAGAAUGCUGAUAAUUCCAAAGAUUCGACUCAGACCAAUGGAUUGUCCUACAGACAUGAAUCUCAAGACUCAUUGUCAUCUGCAGCAAGUCUUGAAAUGUUUGACUUCCAUAGAGCAUCUGGACACAUAACUGAGAAAGAGAAACCUUCUAAAUGCUGCCAUGUGAAUCUUCCAGAUGGCUCAGUGUAUACAAUGAUGGUCAAAGCUGGAUUUUCAAUCAAAGAGAUGUUAUCUGAAUUCUGUGAGAAACAAGGCAUUAACAUAGCUGCAGUGGAUCUGUUUUUAGUUGGUGGAGAUAAGCCGCUUGUACUGCAUCAGGACAGCAGCAUUUUGGAUUCUCGAGCUCUCCGUUUAGAAAAGAGAACUUUAUUUAGGUUGGAUCUCAUUCCUAUCAAUAGAUCUGUUGGCUUAAAGGCUAAGCCUACCAAACCGGUAACAGAAGUCCUACGGCCAGUGGUUGCAAAAUAUGGUUUAAAUCUUAAUAAUCUUGUGGCAAGACUAAAUGGUGAACAUGAACCUUUAGACCUUGGUGUUCCUAUCUCUAAUCUAGAUGGACAGCGGGUUAUUCUAGAAGAAAAGCAGCCAAAAAAAGGAAGAGACCAGGGCAAGGGGACAUCAUUAAAGCAUAGUCCAACAGGAACUUCUAAUGCAGGAAAUCAAGCAUCCAUAGGAGAGGGAAGAGCUCUAGGAAAGUCUAAUUCUAUUAAAAUAAGAGGAGAAAGUGGAAAAAACUCUAGGGAUGUCCGUCUAGCAAAAAGAGAAGACUAUAUUGCACAGACUGGGGGAAAAAAGUGUCACAAAAUUAAUUUGGACGAAGCAGAGGAAUUUUUUGACCUCAUAUCCAAAGUACAAAGUAACAGAGCAGAUGACCAGCGGGGACUGCUGAGGAAAGAAGACCUUGUGUUGCCAGAUUUUCUUCAUUUACCGCCUUCUGGGACAGACCUGUUUUCCUCUACGCCUGAAGGAUCUAAAAGCUGCAGCAAGAGACUUGCGCAUCCUGAUGUCAAGUGUACACAACCUAGUGGCAAAAUGGAUUUCAUCCAAAACAACAGUGAAGGCUCAGCUGUGAAAAUUAAUCUUUCAAAAAAUAAACAGAAAACAGCUGCUCCGGCCACUUUUGUCAGCCAGAAGACUUCCAGUGGUCCAUCGAGCAGCCCAUUGUCUCCAGUUCUACCUUUGCAAGAGACCACUGUAAGGAAGAGGCAGUCAAAAGAACUGGAAAGUGAAUUUGUGCAAACUAUUGAGGAUGAGAAUAUAGCAGAGUUGACUCUUAUGGCCGAAGGGGACAUUAAUAGCCCAAACAGUACGUUACUGGCACCCACACCGCCCUCUUCAGACAAAAGCACUCUUGAAGAAGCCAAGCAUCCACCUCCAGUUUUACUAACAGAUAAUCAGGAAAAACCUACCCAUGAGAAAUACAAAUCAGGUGCAAUCCAGAGACAGAAAACCAAUGUUCAAGUAAAUGGUGGAAACCGUUAUGAACAAAGCUCUAAAAAUAAUAACAGCGACUUUAACCCUGACGGAGUUAAGAAGAAAACUGUCAGAAAUGAGCUCCCUAUAAAUCCCAUAAUUGAUGUGGAUAGAGCAGCAACAGAAGAUGAUUUGGAAUGGUCUUGCCCUGAAUCAGAGGGGAAUCUAAGUUUUGAAGAAUGCAUCUCAGAGCUGAAAUCUUGCCAGGGAAGGUUGCGAACAGGAGUUUACAGAACAUCGGACCUUCCAUUUCUUAUUGAUGUUAACAAUGAAAAGAAUAAAUAUGAAGAGAACCGAUGUAAGGCAACAUUUGUCUGAAGAUUUCCUCUGCAUGAGUCCAAACAUUUGCUCCAUCCAGAAUGCUGUAAGGAUUGGUGCACAUGACACAUGAAGGUAUAAGAGAUGCAGCUUAAUUCCCCUAGAUUAUAAACAUGAACUUAAAAAUUUUCCCUGGUAAGGAACGUUUGGUAGCACAUGAGAUAAUCCAUGGGGACAAUUAAUUUUUUUAGAAAACUGAGAAAUACUUCAUUUGCCAGUAUCAUUUUUGCAUGAUUGGAGAUCUGGAUAUGAACAUACUACAUAAAACCUUUCUGGCUACAACAACAGAGCAAACAUCACUUGCCCCUUCUAAAGCAGUUUUUUUCAAGCUGCCAGGGCCCAAGUAUAGUUUUGGGAGCCCUAACAGAGACCUGUAAUGCAGACUUUUCUCAUACACACGGCACACCCUAAGAGAUAAGUUUCUCCUUAAUUCUGAAAAUGACACUUCUUCCAUUUUUGAAGUUAUACCAUGGCCUAUAGUAAUACUUUUAACCACAACCGCCUUUUUUCUACUUUUGUUUAACAGCCUGAAGAGGAAUCCUACAAAGCUUUCUGAAUAUUUUGUAAUAUUUGGGUAGGUUUUAAUAAAUCUAAGAGCUUGUUGAUGUUUCUAAUUUGUAUUUUAAUGGACCAACAUAGCUGCAAACAUUUUACAAUUAGUCUAAUUCAUUAGAAAGCCUGCUUUUUCUGGCCUUUUAAAUUACAAUCAAAUAUUUUUAGAAGACAAACCUGGACAUUUUUGGGGGGGAAAGAACAUGCAUUAGCAGAUAGUGUAAGACCAUUCUUGUCGUUUGUAAGCCCUUUGAAUACAGUAAUGCUAAAGUUAAUAUUGCCUGUCACUUUAAAGUAUCAGACUGUUGAAUUAUACUUGAUGCUUCUGAUCCGACAGCUUUUUUUUGUAUCAGAUGAAAUUCCAUUCUUGUUCUCCUUCAUCUGUUCCCCUAAUCUAUGUUACUGCUGCAGCCAGAAUGCAAAAUAAUAAUAAUAAAUAAAUAAAUAAAAAGGCCUUGGUUGUUUUAAAAAACCAUGGCCACGAGCUGUUUUAUCCAUUUCUUUGAGUCCUCACUACCUUUGGCUACCUCAAGCGUGUAUGAAAGAGAAGGCCUGCCAGGGUCCCUGAUCCCAGGAGCUCUGUAAGUAAGUAGUUCAGCCAAAUUUGAAGUUUCCCCAUUUUGGCUUUAUUUUUGUUAAAUACUGUAAAUCAUGACACAUGUAAUAUGCCAUUCGUUGUUUAUCUGAGGGUGUAUUUGCAUAAUUUUCAGACCUGCUAAGGACCAGAUGAUUUUUAUUAUGUCCUGAUACAUAAAAUCAUAGAAUUCAAAAGAGGGUGUACUUCCUUUUUCUCGCUACUGUAUCACUUGUUAAAAUAAAUGUUUAUUUCCUCCCCUUACAUAGUUAAUCAUCUGCAGAGAACUGCAGAGAUGGAAGAGGCCCUAUGGAUUAUCAACUCUAACCUCUGUUGUGGAGGCACCAUGGGAAAUCAAACACCCAACCUCUUGGUCUGCAGCCAGAUACCUAAACCACUGAACUAGCCAGCAGCUUCUUAUCCCACCAGGCAUGCACAUUUUACAGAGCUAUGUGCCUGACACUUCUGACAUGCAAAUGAAGCCACGCUGUCUCUCAGCAGACCAAUUGCAAAGCAAGAGCCAGCUGGUUUUUUAAAAAUGUGGAUUGAAGCAACCUCAUAUCAGAGUAAAGUCUUUUCCUCCUAAGAGAGCUCUGCUUCAAAUGAUGUGUUAAUGAUCAUCAUCUAAUCUGGCCUAUGUGGUUUUGGUUUGUUUGCUUGCUUGCUUGCUUUAUUGCUUUGGUACCAAUGAGAAUUUUCCCCAAAAGCAAAUAACAAUAGAAAUCCUUUUAUCAGUGAAUCUGGUGAGCCCAAAAGAAUUAUGUCAUCACGCACAAACAGAAGAAAGGGACCAUUUUUGUGUCUUUGCACACAUUUUAAAAAACAAAAACAAAAAUUGCUGACUUGUUAUGGUUUAUUGUGAACAAACAAAAAGCUUUUGAUUGCU